AUGUAUCCAGAGAAUUGGACCCAGGUAACAGAAUUUGUGUUGAUGGGUUUCCCUGGUAGCUGGACCCUACAGCUCAUGCUGUUUCUAGGACUUCUGGUGACAUAUGUAGUGACAGUCAUGGGAAAUUUGAUCAUCAUUGUGCUCAGCUGGUCUGACCACCGCCUGCAAACUCAAAUGUACUUUUUCCUGAGAAAUCUCUCCCUCCUGGAGCUGGUAUUGGUCUCUGUUGUUGUCCCUAAGAUCCUGGUCAGCAUCCUUACCAGGGACUACUCAAUCUCCUUUGCUGGCUGCAUCACACAAUCCUAUCUCUAUUUUCUCCUGGGCACUACUGACUUUUUCCUCUUGGCAGUCAUGUCUCUGGAUCGCUAUUUAGCCAUCUGCCGUCCAUUGCACUAUGAGACCCUAAUGAACCGUCCCAUCUGUGUCCGGCUAGUAAUGGCUUCUUGGAUUGCUGGUUUCUUAUGGGUGCUCUCUCCUACUAUCCUCAUGGCUAACUUGUCUUUCUGUGGCCCUAAUGCCAUUGACCACUUCUUCUGUGACAGCUGGCCACUUAUGCGGCUCUCUUGUGGGAAUACCCAACUUCUGGAGUUAGUGGCCUUUAUACUUUCCACAGCUGUUCUUCUAGGUUCCUUGGCAGUGACUUCUGUCUCCUAUGCCUGUAUCCUUGCUACUGUCUUCCAGACUCCAACAGCCGCAGAACGAAAAAAAGCCUUUUUUACCUGUGCUUCACAUCUUACUGUGGUUGUCAUUGUUUAUGGCAGCUCCAUCUUCCUUUACAUCCGCACAUCAGAGGCUCAAUCUAUGCUUCUUAACAAAGGGGUCUCAGCUCUGGGAUGCAUCAUCACCCCACUUCUGAAUCCAUUCAUCUUCAGUCUCCGUAAUGAUAAGGUAAAGCAGGCCCUAGAAGAUGCUUUAAGAUGGCACAGGAAUAUAGGUGCCAGAAGGUUGUAA